UUUCUAGCAUUUCCAGGGAAAAAAUGUUCAGAUCAAAUUUGAUCAAAGUUGGUCAAUUUUAAUGAAAAUCUUGAUACAGUUUGAUAAAAGUUGAUCAAUAUUGAUUAAAAUCUUGGUAUAGUUGUAUGAAAGUUUAUCAAAUUAUAUCAAAGUAGAUAGACUGGUCUCACCCUUGUUUGAUCAAUUUAGAUCAAGUUUGAUAUUGCGACUUACCUAAUUUGAUCAAUUUAAAUCAAAUUCGAUCGACCUUAUUGAGUUAGAUCAAAUGUUAUGAAAUUUUAUCAAUCUAUAUCAAGUUGUAUCAAGAAAAGGUACACUGGCCCUAGCUAUGUUUGAUCAAUUUAGAUCUAGUUUGAUCAAGUUAUAUCGAAUAUGAUAUGAGUGAUUUUACCAACCUAGAUUAGGUCAUAUCAAGGAAUAUACACUGCUCCCAGCGUUGUUUGAUCAAUUUAGAUCAAAAGAGAUAUUCUUAUGUCAAUCAUGUUACCUAAUUUGAUCAAAUUAUAUGAAAUGUUUCAACCAACCUAUCAAGUUAGAUCAAACAACAUUCAGAUUAUUGCAUGCACCUGGUAUAACUUGAUCUAAUUUGAUAAAAAAAAAAUUCAAAUUAUGCCAAAUUUUUGAUCAAUAUUGAUCGAAGUUAAUCAAUGUUAAUCAUCUUUGAUCAAAACAUUUUUUUCUCUUAAUUUUCACGAAUAAAAAAAAAAAGUUGUAUCAAGUAUGUGGAUGGGUUAUGCAUUCAAUUCAUGUGUCAGGCCCAAUAAUUAUGCAUUUAUACAGUUUCCAAAAAUAUUUUCAUUUCAUUUUGUUCCCAAAAAAAUACUAUCACGUUCAGUAUCUACAAAAAUGUAUAAUUCACAUUUGAAAAAAUGUUCUAAAGUUGAUGAAUUAGGCAAAUUUUUGAAAAUCGUUGAAAUCUGCUCUUGUAUGAUAAGCAAUAGGUGAAUAUUUCUAAGUCCAGACCUAUCAGAGGAGAAUAUACUCCUGAUGCCCCUCAACUUUUAAGGAACGGGGUAGCCUGAUGGUUGAGGACAUGGUCUACAAUGUGAGAGGUCGUAGAAUCGAUCCCACCACAGGACACAAAUUUUUGAAAAUUUUCCCCUACUUUUUAAAAAAAAUUUACAACCAACAUCUUAUAUUAUACGAGGCUUGCAUUUUUGCAGUUUAAGCAAUUUUACUGGUAAAUAUGGCUAUUUUUAAAAAAUGUGCAUUACAUUUGAUCUAACUUGAUCAAAGUUGAUACAGGUGAUCUAAUUAGAUCGACAAAAUGUCCCGAUCAAAAUAGAUCUUAUUCCAUCAAUUUUGAUAAAAACUAAUUAACAUUGAUCUAUUUUGAAAGAGACAUUUUUUUGAUCAAAUUUGAUCCAAACAUUUUUUCCCAGGAACUCAAUCAGGUUUGAAAUUCAUCUCUAUAUUCGGCACUCAAUAGUAAGUAUCUUUUCUCUUUUCUGAUUUCUAGCAUUUAUAACUCAAAUUGGAAAUUCAUUCUCAAUUCGUAUUUUUUCUAAUGAAACUUUCGUUUCAAGAAUUUUUUUCUUUCGUUUGUUGAAACCUUGCAGUUAAAUUUUUGUUCAAAAUAUGUCUGCUCAAGGCUCGACAUUGGUCCUCCGAGCCGGGUACUCAAUACUGGAAAAUCUCUUGAAAUCGUUAUUCAGAAUAUUUUUUUUCGUAAUUCUAUUCGUACUAUUCCAUUUGAUCAACUUGACAAAUUUGUACCACUUGAAUAGUGAUGAAAUUUAGCUUUCAAGUUGGCAGACAUGAAACCAGAACGCUGAACGAAUUCGCGAAAUCAAUGUGACAAAAUUGAAAAUCAACGUCGGUUAGGAAGAAGAACCCUCUAUCAAUAACAUGAACUAAAUUCAGCCCAAUUGGAGUCAUGAGAAGGAGAUCCAGACAAAUGAAAAUGAGUCGGGCUUUUGGACUUCAUGCAGAUUGCAUAGCUUUAGGCGAAUUUGCCUGCCAGUGAAAUACGAGGGGCGUUUCAAAAUAAAGGGGAUAAAUUGUUCUGGGAGGGGAACGGUGAUAGUUAGGGUAAUGAGGGCAACAACAUUUGAAAGCCCUUGGUAUAGACCAUCAGUAUACCAAUUUUGAAGUGUUUUCUUCAAAUAGGUGCCGUGUAAUGCACUUUUAAAGAUGAGCACUUAGAGCGAGAUUGCCGCCAAGUGCAAGCAAUAUUGUGUUAUACGUUUUUUUCCAAAUGUUAAUAAAUUGACCUAGAAAACUGAAAUUUUGGAUAUACCUUAUUUUCGACCUGCCAAAUCGAUUGGAAAUGGUUUCGAUCCGUUUUGAGCAGUUCUCAAGUCUCUAGUAGAUUUUUAAAACUUGAGAUUUCCAUGAAAUUUUGUGGAAAUUUUAAUUUCAAGUUUCAAAAAUCUGCUGGAGGCACUAAAAAUGCUCAAAAGGGCUUCACAUCAUUUCCAAUCGAUUUUGCAGGUCGAAAAUAGGGUAUAUCUAAAAUUUCAGCUUUCUAGGUCAUUAAAAAAAAAACAAAAAAAAAAAAACAACAUAACAGAAUGAUGCUUACACGUGGCGGCAGCUUCGAUUUACACACUCAUCUUUAAAAGUGUAUUACACGGCACACCUUUGACCAAAACACUUCAAAAUUGGUAAACUGGUAGUCUAUACCAAGGGCUUUCAGAUGCCGUUGCCCCCACUACCCUAACUAUCACCGUUCCCCUACCAGACCGUUUUGUCCCCUUUAUUUUGAAACGCCCCUCGUAAGAACGAAUCUGGAAUUGAACUGAAUUUGACAGUAAUUGAACGUGAAUUUGGUUUAUUGAUGAAUUUCAACACUGUUGAAUUCAAUCAAUAGUUAAAUCAAAAUAAACGAUGUGAAACUGCAAAAUGUUAUUCUAUUCAAAAUUAGUUACUUAUCAACUCGCUGGAAGGAAAAUCCACCAGAGGAUAUACAAUCCGCAUGAAAUUGAAAAGCUCAAUUGAUAAGUGAGGGGCUUCAUGGAAAAAGGGCCUCGGUCAAUUUUAUAUUCACUGAUUUUUACAACUUCAAAUUUUCUUCCACAUAUGAGCAAACGUUUUCCAAUUCGUUUUUGUUGGUUUUUUUUCAUGGAAGAACACUUCAAUAUCACUGAAUAUGGUGGGAUUAAUGGCAAAAAAAUUAUACUUAAUAAUAAUUUCAAAUAUGUUCAGAAUUGUGAAAAUCAAAAAAAAAAAAAUUGACUAAGGCCCAUUUUCCAUGGAACCCAUCAAUUCAUUGUAGAGCCUGAAUCUGCCACUGAAAUUGUGAAAAUUGGAAGAACGAGUAACAAAAGAUCAAGUGCAUUAAUGGAAGCAACUCUAGCCCCCCUCCCACUUGUGGGCAGAAAGAGGAAAUUCGAUGUAGAACAACAAACUACCGAAUGAUGUUGGAAAACUGAAAGAAAUGUAUCUAGAACAAUUAGCAGACAACAUACGCUUGGACAAAGACAACAAACGCUUGGACGAAGACAACAAACGCUUGGACGAAGACAACAAAUACUUGAACGAAGUUGUUCUAGGAGAAGUUCCAAUACGUCAUCGACGUACAAUGUUGAAGAAAAUGAAGAAAUUGGAUCAAAUGACCGAAGAGUGUAAGAUCUAUAGGAAUUCAACAACAGGAGUCCUGUAGUCGAAGUAGGAGAUAUUCGAUUCAUGUAUUUUCCAAACUAUAAGCAUCAAAAGGAGAAAACUAUAGAUUUCCCCACCCAUUUUACGUGAUUUAUAAAUACGGUCAUUUACUAACAGGCUGUCCAAUAUCCAAGCAGCCUAAUUCCAUAAAAGAAACAAUAUCCGUACAAUUAGAAGGAUAUGACUACAGAAGCUUUCUUCUUAUUUCCCAACUAACCACGAUAGACGAACGGAGGGAUGUUACAUCGGGUGCUGAACCAUUAAAAUUUAAUCUGCGGACAGAAAAAGAGUACGUGGAUUAUAAAAUAAAUCAAUUUCAUGCCGGUUACCUACAGUCACUAUAAACAAGUCAACAAAUUGUCCGAAAUUUUCACGUACUAACUGUUACAUUGUUUUGGAAAUUCAACUUAUCUCUAUCUAUAGUACUAAUUUUUUCGAAUUUAUUUAAAGAAAUUUAUUACUGUCUACUUGUAUGUUAUUUUUUCACUAUAACAUUAUUACGUUUUGU